UAUUUGAUAACAAUCUCCAUUCUCAGUGUAAUUCCAAAGCCAGAACAAACCCAUUCUCAUAAAAAUAUACAAACAUUCUACAACAAUGGCUGAUGAUCCACAAGAUGUAGCUGACAGGGAGCGCAUUUUCAAGCGAUUUGAUGCCAAUGGCGACGGCAAAAUCUCUUCACAGGAGCUUGGUGAAGCUCUUAAAGCACUUGGAUCAGUUACCGCUGAGGAAGUGCAACGGAUGAUGGCUGAAAUUGACACAGAUGGGGAUGGCUUCAUUUCAUAUGAAGAGUUUAUAGAUUUUGCUAAAGCUAACCGUGGCCUGGUGAAGGAUGUGGCCAAGAUUUUUUAAGUUCUUUUUUUUUCGUACAAUUACAACAUCAUUGUAUUAAUCAUUUAUGAAUCUAUGAUAAUGAUAGGUUGAUUAUUGUUAGCCUCUUUAUGUGAUUGGUUUAUCUUGUGUGCUUUAUUAUGAACCAUGGUCCUUGAUCUUCACUACGAGGUAGUUGAGAUGCUGUAAUCAUAAAGGGGGCCUGCACUGCUUUAUAACAAAAUGCCAGGGUAGUUGUGUAUCAAUAUCUUAGUGCAUCUUGACAUAACCCAUCUUUUGAUUUAGGAUAACUUUAAAAAAUAAGAGGUAAUAAUUAAGCUGUUGAAUGCUCUCGUGUGAAUAUUUCUUAUAUUUACUCAUGUUGCGAUUUGGUGUGUACAGCAGAUAUUGAAACAUAAAUUUAUCAAAAGAC